ACUGAUGAACCAACGACCACCAUGGAACCAACGACCACUAUGGAACCAACGACCACCAUGGAACCAACGACCACUGAUGAACCAACGACCACCAUGGAACCAACGACCACCAUGGAAUCAACGACCACUGAUGAACCAACGACCACCAUGGAACCAACGACCACCAUGGAAUCAAUGACCACUGAUGAACCAACAACCUCCAUGGAACCAACGACCACCAUGGAAUCCACGACCACCAUGGAACCAACGACCACUAUGGAACCCACGACCACCAUGGAACCAACGACCACCAUGGAAUCCACGACCACCAUGGAACCAACGACCACCAUGGAACCCACGACCACCAUAGAACCAAGGACCACUGAUGAACCAACGACCACCAUGGAAUCCACGACCACCAUGGAACCAACGACCACUGAUGAACCAACGACCACCAUGGAAUCAACGACCACCAUGGAACCAACGACCACUGAUGAACCAACGACCACCAUGGAACCCACGACCACCAUGGAACCAAGGACCACCAUGGAAUCCACAACCACCAUGGAACCAACGACCACCAUGGAAUCCACGACCACCAUGGAACCAACGACCACUGAUGAACCAACGACCACCAUGGAACCCACGACCACCAUGGAACCAAGGACCACCAUGGAAUCCACAACCACCAUGGAACCAACGACCACCAUGGAAUCCACGACCACCAUGGAACCAACGACCACUGAUGAACCAACGACCACCAUGGAACCAACGACCACCAUGGAAUCCACGACCACCAUGGAACCAACGACCACUGAUGAACCAACGACCACCAAUGAACCAACGACCACUGUUGAACCCACGACCACCAUGGAACCAACGACCACCAUGGAACCCACGACCACCAUGGAACCAACGACCACUGAUGAACCAACGACCACCAAUGAACCAACGACCACAACUACAACUACAACUACAACCACACCCACCACCACAACUACCACCACUACCACCACAACGACUACCACCACUACGACUACUACUACUCCGACUACUACUACUACUAGAAGAACCACGACUAGAAGAACGACCACACGGCGACCUCUCAUUCCUAUCAACCCUCACAGCGCGUCACGUUUGAAUUUGAAUGCGUCAAUCACAAGCGAGUUUGCCGAGAUGACCAAUCAUUUGCCGGGAGGAGCUGGUGACGUCAUUUCGGGAGCCAAUCACAGGAGAGCUUCGCCUUCAGGAAGAACACGAACUAAUACAAAAUUCAGUGACUUUUGGACAAAAUUUUGGGGAUGGUCAGCGCGGAACGAAAUGCUAUGAGAGAGAGAGAGAGAGAGAGAGAGAGAGAGAGAGAGAGAGAGAGAGAGAGAGAGAGAGAGAGAGAGAGAGAGAGAGAGAGAGAGAGAGAGAGAGUUGGGUGCUAGUGCAGGAGUGUUAAAGGAAUAACAAUUUCUGCUUCUUCAUAGGUGAUGUUAACUAAAUUAGAUGAAUAAAAUUAA